AUGUCACCAUCGGCAUGGAUACUCCCCACGCGCAUGUACGUUGGCCUCCGCUCCGAAAUCCAAAAACCCAUCACAACCAUCAAUGGACCGUUCCAACUUCCCGCUCAACCCGACAACACCUUCAACACCAUGAGCGACCCUGAAGCCCUCUUUGUUACGCACUCGCGCGAAAUCGCCGAGCUAGCUCUGAAAAUGAAGAAGGACGCUGAGACCCCUCGGGAAAGUGCUUACUCAUUCUGCAUGACACGGCAGACGGAUGAUGGGUACGAUGUCACUGUCGUGGAGGACGGUACGACCGACGUCAAGAAGAAGAUCAGACUCAGGAUUCAAGAGGUGCAGAUCUUCAUGACUUGUGAACCGAUUAAGGUGGAGUGUUUGGGGGUUGGGCCACCUGAAGAGGAUGGGACGAUCAGUGUACGACUCAGAGAAAACCGUGGAUGUAGAAGGGUGCUUUGUAUUGAGGAUGAGGCUAGUAAGCAAGUGCUUGUUAAUGGGUUGCUGACGUCAGACGAUGAAAAGUAUCCAAGCAACCAAACUUCGCUACCUGCACUAUUAUUCACCAGACCGGUACCCAGACUGCCGAAAGAAAAUUACCGUCCCAUCCUCCUAGGCUCCAAAGAACUCUGUGGGCCUCGCUUCCUAAGCCUUCCCCGUGAUCGCGCGACAGACCCGCGCGUUCGGGACCCAGCUAGCCUACAACCAAGGGUGUGCAUGCUUACCGAGAGCACUAUAUUAACCUAA